AUGUAUCUGUUUAUUUGCUUCUACCUCCUAAUGAGUUUUUUUGAAGAAGUUUAUGGCUUUUGUCCUUCACAAUGCACUUGUGUUUACCAUGGCAGAAGUGAUGGCACUGGAACAAGGUCUGUACUCUGUAAUGACCCUGACAUGUAUGAGAUCCCUGUGAAUGUUCCUGUGGAUACUGUAAAACUUCGUAUAGAGAAAACUGUCAUACGAAGAAUUCCGACUGAAGCCUUUUACUACCUGGUAGAUCUCAAAUACCUGUGGGUCACUUACAACUGUGUAGCCAACAUUGAUAUCAGCAGCUUCUAUAACUUGAAACUACUGCAUGAGCUGAGACUGGAUGGUAAUCUGCUCUCAACUUUCCCUUGGGAAUCCCUGGCAGAGAUGCCCAACUUACGGACUCUUGAUCUUCACAACAACAAACUGACCAGCAUUCCUGCUGAUGCUGGCCGCUUCCUGAGAAACCUCACCUACCUGGACCUAUCCAGCAACAAGCUGACCACCUUGCCAUCAGACCUCAUGGACAUUUGGCCCCCCUUCUCAGGAGCUAUCGUGUCCAGGAACACAGAUAUUCUGGUGACACAGAGAGUAAUCUUGGGUUUUCAGGACAACCCAUGGUUUUGUGACUGUCGCAUUUCAAAGCUAAUUGAAUUUUCCAAAAUUGUGGACACCUCUGUUGUGCUUCUUGAUCCUUUGGUUUCAUGUAGUGGACCUGAGAGCCUGGCAGGAAUCUUGUUCCAGAGAGCUGAGUUAGAGCAGUGUCUUAAGCCAUCUGUGAUGACCUCAGCGACCAAAAUCACCUCCCCGCUGGGCAGCAAUGUCCUGCUACGCUGUGAUGCCACGGGGUACCCAACACCACAGCUCACCUGGAAUAGGUCAGACAACAUUCCAGUGAACUAUACAGUAAUUCAAGAAACUCCUGGAGAGGGUGUCAGAUGGUCCAUAAUAAGCUUGACGGGGAUUUCAUACAAGGACGCAGGAGAAUACAGAUGUAAAGCCAAGAAUUUGGCAGGAAUGUCAGAAGCUGCUGUGACUGUCACAGUGGUUGGUGUAGUUACUACAACUGUGUCACCACAGAAGUAUGGGAGGAAGCCAGAGGCUGAGAUGCAGAAUACAACUCAGGAGGAAUCCAAGUUGGAACCAGAGAGGACAACCACACCUCUUCCCACCACACCGACCACCACAGCUCUGGUUAGCACUGACAGAUCAACCAGCAUGACAUUUACUGACAAAAAGCAAUCCAGGCUCAUGUUAGAUGGAAAGAAAGGUUCAAAGGCAGUGACAAAUGGAAACAAAAAGCAGAUUGGAGAUUUGAGCAAUAAAGGUGAGGAUACUUCAUUGAAUACAGCAGGUACAGCUGAGCAAAAUGUUACGGUGAAGAACCUAAGAGUGAUCAGUGAAACUGAUGAAAGAGUGACCUUAACCUGGAAAACUGUCAAUGCCACAGGCAAUUCUGCUGUGACUGUGUUAUACUCCAAGUAUGGUGAGAAGGAUAUGUUGCCUCUCAGCACUGAUUCUAACAAAAACAAAGUCACAAUCGAUGGUUUGCAACCUAGUACUCAAUAUAUGGCAUGUGUCUCACCCAAAGGCGUGCCACCUACCAAAGAGCAGUGUGUUGUUUUCUCUACUGAUGGCUUAAAUAAUGAAAGCAGCUCUGAGUUUUCUAUUCUGGUAGUGGCCAGCAGUGCAGCAUGCGUGGUUGUUUUACCUUUGAUAUUUUUCUUACUCUACAAAGUUUUGAAACUUCAUUUGAAACCAAAAUCUGCAAAGGAAGCUGAACUUGCAAAAGAGACUUACGUGCAAUUUGAAACUCUGUCGCUGAAGCCUCGAACACUGAGUGCAGGGGACCAGCUCUGGGCACGAAGGUACACAGAUGAGUCAGAAAGACUUCUCCUUUGCUCUAGGUCAAGCAUGGAUUCUCAAAUGACCUUCAAAAGUGAGGGCUCCAGGUCUGAGUAUCUGUGCUGAACGUGGGUGAGGGUGGAGAUGAAAAAAAUAAUAAGUAAAGUUAAUUCAAGAUGGUGGUGCUGCAUCUGAAGCAGGUUGAUGCUAGAUGGUGGUCAGAAUAUGUUGUCUGGUGUAAUAGAGUCUUACUGGUUGGUGAUGGGUAGG